AUGGCACACAGGUUUGCAUUUGAGACACUCGAUCGAACGUUCAAAGAUAUAAUAGGUGUUGACCUGCCAUUUGGAGGAAAGGUCAUGAUUUUUGGAGGAGAUUUUCGACAAGUUCUUCCAGUUGUUCCAAACGGUACAAGGUCUGAAUUGAUGCAAGCAAGUAUGAUUAAUGCUUCAUUUUGGGGACAUGUGAAAAUCAUUCGUCUUAGGCACAACAUGAGAUCCAUCAAUGAUCAAGAUUUUUCAGAGUUCUUACUUCAUGUCGGCAAUGGGGAACAAGAAACUAUGAUAGACGACAUGAUGCAAUUACCAUCAUCUAUGGUCAUUCCAUGGAAUGGUGAAGAAUCCAUUGUCCAAUUUGUUAAUGAAGUUUUCCCUGAUUUGGAAUGUCAUGUAUGUGAUUCAAGAUACUUGGUGGAAAGGGCAAUUAUAACUCCAAAAAAUGAGGAUGCUGACAAGCUUAAUAAAAUGAUCAUCGAUAAAUUUCCAGGGACUGAACAUAUCUUAUACUCUUUCGAUUCAGUUGAGGACGAUGUGAGAAAUUUGUAUCAACAAGAGUUCUUGAAUUCAAUCUCACCUGGUGGAAUGCCCCCUCAUCAGUUAACUUUGAAAAAAGGUGCCCCAAUAAUGCUUUUGAGAAAUAUCGAUCCGAAGAUGGGGUUGUGCAAUGGUACAAGACUGGCUUGCCAUGGAGCUUACAAUAAUCUAAUUGAUGCCGAAAUCUUAUCUGUACAAUUUGCUGGAACUAGAGAUACUAAUUUUGAAACCGAACACGAGUUGGCGUGCGCCUUGCACACUUUUGGAAGUGGCGAAGCUACAGAGGUCUGGGAGGGGUGGCCGCCCCUCCACUCGCUUAAAAUCAACCCGAGAAAUGAUGGUCCAGCCCUUUGGGUCGUCGGAAAACCUGCAAGGUGA